AUGGGCGACGUCGGCGACGGCGACGGCGACGCCAAUUUAUUCGAGCACCUCAAAUCACACGUCGUCCGCGUCGCCGAGCGCGUCGCUCGCUCGCACGACAAGUCGUUGACGCCCAAAACCGCCCACGCGUUGAGCGAGCUGUCGUACGAGUUGACGAAGUCCAUCGCGCGCGACGUCAGGGCGUACGCCAAUCACGCCGACCGCGACGUCGUGGGCGUCAAGGAUUGCGAUUUGCGCGCGCGGAGGCUCCGUCAACUCGUCGAACGACGGCGUCGAGCGAUGGACGAGGACGGCGACGAGUGA